AUGACAAUUCCCAAUAUGGGCUUGUUGACAAUUGGAUCACCACUAGACUGGCCUGAAACUAAAAAAGUCGCGUUAUUCAUUCGAGAACAGGGUAUCAAACAGUUCUUAUCAUUGUAUCACAAACUGAAUUCACGAAUGAAACAUACACUGAAAUGGGGUGAUGAGAUUGAGUACACAUUGGUUCGCAUUGACCCUUCGACACAUGCAGCACAACUCUAUCUUGGUGCUUCGGAGUUGUUAAAGUUGAUGAAUGAAAAGAAAAGUGAUAUCAGUGAUGAAAUAACUUGGCAACCCGAGUAUGCUGAGUAUAUGAUAGAAGGAGUACCUAGAAUUCCUUUUGGACGACUAUUGGAUGCUUUUAACACUGUCGAGUGCAACAUGAAAAAAAGACGAUUAGAUUUAGUGGCGAAUCUUCCUGAAGAUUGCAUCGCAUUGACAAUAUCAGCCUUUCCACGAUUGGGUUGUGAUGACUUUUGCUAUCCAGUUGCCAAACCAACUCCUGAUAGUGGUGCUUCCAGAAGUUUGUUUUUUCCAGAUGCAGCUAUUACUCAAGGACAUCCACGUUUUAAAACGCUAACGCGUAACAUUCGUGAACGGCGUGGAGCUAAAGUUGCUAUAAAUGUCCCCAUUUAUCGAGAUACAUGCACACCUCAACCAUUUAUUGAAAAUUUCCCAAAUCAAAAUGAUCCCACUUCAACGUCUGCAGCUUUACCGAAUCAUGUUUAUUUAGAUGCUAUGGGCUUCGGAAUGGGUUGUAGCUGUUUACAGAUCACUUUCCAGGCAUGUUGCAUUGACGAAGCCAGGAUCUUAUACGAUCAGCUAGCGACAAUAUGCCCAAUUGUUAUGGCAUUAAGCGCAGCCACUCCUGCCAUCCGAGGCUACUUACUUGAUUGGGACUGCCGUUGGGGUAUUAUAUCCGCAUCAGUUGAUGAUCGAACAGAAGAGGAGCGAGGAAUUAAGCCUCUCUGCAACGAUCAAUUUGUUAUUCCUAAAUCACGCUUUGCAUCAGUUUCUUUUUACCUUUCCCCAAUGGGCGCUAAAUUCAAUGAUAUUCCACUUGUCUAUAAUAAAGAUUAUUAUAAUACUUUAAUUGAAGGAGGUGUUGAUCAUACAUUGGCAUUACAUGUAGCUCAUCUUUUCAUACGAGAUCCUAUCAGUGUGUUUUCUGAAAGUUUGAAUUGUCCAGAAAAUGAAGAAACAGUUGAACAUUUUGAAACUAUUCAAUCCACCAAUUGGCAGUCAAUGCGCUUUAAGCCUCCACCAUUGAAUUCAUCAAUAGGAUGGCGUGUUGAAUUUCGACCAACUGAAUUACAAUUAACAGAUUUUGAAAAUGCUGCAUUUGUCACUUUUAUUUUAUUAUUAUCUAGAACAAUAUUAAAGUUUAAUUUGAAUUUACUAAUCCCACUUUCAAAAGUUGAUGAAAACAUUGCAACAGCUUUAAAACGUGAUGCUGUUCUUAAUGAGAAAUUCUAUUUUAAACAAGGUCAUUUAAUAACCACAGACGGUACUCCAGUUGAUUUAGCCAAAUCAUGUUCCAAGUUUAAAUUCAAUCGUACCUAUUCUACACAAUAUGAUCUUUCUGAUUCAAAUUGUACAAUUUGUCGUGAUGAACAAUAUGUGAACGCAUCAUCGUCUUGUAAUUCGACAUCAUCAUUUGCUGAAGUAAAUCCAGACGAUUCCUAUAUGUUGAUGUCGGUGAAUGAAAUUAUCAAUGGAACUAGUACGUUUCCAGGUCUUCUCCCUUUGAUUCGACAUUAUGUUCAAGAAACUGGUGGACAUCUUGAAACUAUUGAUCUUAUUAAUAGUUAUUUGGAUUUAAUACAAAAAAGAGCAUCAGGUGAGUUGAUGACUACUGCCAAAUGGAUGAGAAGUCGUAUCAUGAAACAUCCUGAUUACAAAAUGAUUCGUGUAUAUCUUCUCAAAUAA